AUGUAAAUUAGAAGUUCAAUAAUUCAAAAAAAAGACUUAAGAAAUGACUUCAACAAGCACGAAUAAAAUCUACCAGAUUUAUCAGAUAAAUUUAGAAAGGUAUUUGAAAUUUUUUGUGAUGAAAUUAUUUCAUGUCUCACUAAAAAGAGUAAACUUAAUUGUGACUAGGUUAAAUAGAAUUAUGUAUUCUUGUUUGUAGAAUUUCAUUUAAUACAGUAUAAAGUUAUUAAGUAUGAAAUAUGAUGAUUUUUAUUGUGAUUAAAUUA